AUGAGCGAGGAAAAGAAACAAAAUGUGGUCAUGGUUACUGGGGGAUCUGGAUUGGUCGGAACGGCCAUUCGCAAAUACAUUGAAGAGACUGGUGCUACGUCUGUGGAAACCUGGGUCUACCUAUCCUCCAAGGAUGGUGAUUUGAGAAGUCGCGAGGAUACUGAAGCCAUCUUUGAAAAGUACAAGCCAACCCACGUCAUUCACUUGGCUGCCAAAGUCGGAGGUCUUUUUGCCAACAUGGCACAAAAGGUGGAAUUCUUCCGCGAAAACAUUCUCAUCAACGACAAUAUCAUGGAAUGCAGCCGUAUCUACAAGGUGGAGAAACUCGUUAGUUUCCUGUCCACAUGUAUCUUCCCCGACAAGACUACGUACCCCAUUACAGAGACGAUGCUUCAUGAUGGACCUCCACACCCUUCCAAUGAGGGAUAUGCUUAUGCCAAACGCUUGAUUGAUACCAUGAACCGAGCCUACGCCGAAGAGUAUGGUUGUAACUUUACUUCCAUCAUUCCCACCAACAUUUACGGUCCCGAUGAUAACUUUAGCAUCCAAAAUGGUCACGUCAUUCCAGGAUUGAUCCACAAGUGCUAUUUGGCCAAGAAGAACAACGAACCGUUUACCAUUUGGGGGUCUGGAACGCCUCUCCGGCAGUUUGUCUACUCCAGAGAUUUGGCCGAAUUGACCGUCUGGGUCAUGCGAGAAUACCACGACCCCGCUCCUAUCACCCUUUCGGUGGACGAGGCAGAAGAAGUCAGCAUCAAGGAUGUCGCACUCGCUGUCGUCGACGCUAUGGAAUUCAAGGGAGAAGUCAAGUUUGAUACUUCCAAGGCUGAUGGACAAUUCAAAAAGACUGCUGCCAACCACAAGCUACGAUCGCUCAAGCCGGACUACAAAUUCACCAGUAUGAAAGAUGGCAUCCAACAGUCGGUGGAUUGGUUUUUGGCCAACUACGAAACUGCCCGAAAGUAA